CGAUCACUCAACUUUCUUCCCCCCUUCCUCUUUUCCUGGGAAAAUUUUUAAUUUUGUGCUUGAAUGGUCCUCUACUCGUUCUACACCCCGCUACGAUAUCAUCGUUGUCUUUAUCCACUGUAGUCGCACUCAGAAAUGCUGUCAUUCUUGACGGCCACUGCUUCGAUUGAUCGCCGCCACUCUUCUUAUCGUGUGCUCGCUCUCCGUUAGCCCCUCGUUCCCCUCAACCCCCCGUCAUCCCAUCGGCGCGUCCUUCGCUAGUGAGAGACUCCGCGGAGGGAUGAGUCGUUGAUCUCGACCAUUUUAGAUAAAGAAAAGAAAAAUAACGAAAAGGCAAUUCUGACACGAUGGACAAUUCCGAGGCGACCACCGCCCAACUUCAUUCGCCCGGCGUGCCGAAGAAUAUCCCUCCGAUCCAUCAACAUUCCGACUCAAUGGUAACUGUCCCCUUAUCGGACGUACAAUCGAGUUCCGAGCAUACCCAGCCCGAUUGGCGGUCGCUUGACAUUCCUCAGACCCCGAUCGAAGUUACAUCACCCACGGGAGAGAGCGUCGAGGCCGACGAACCUACGAGUACCACGCCUACACGAGACUCGGAACAACAUAUUCUGCAACCACGGACAUACCGCGCCUCGAUCGUUUCACGAAGUAGCGAAGAAAUCUUCCGUGGCGGGGUCGACGGUGUUGACUGGAGGGAACUGGAUAAAUCUGAAGAGCAAGAACCGCGUGGGGAGGGUUCUGAUGAGUCUACCUCGCUUCUGUUAGCUCGGCUGGAACAGGAGAAUAAUGCUCUGGCAACUGAUCCCAAAUCGGGCUUGCAAGCACAGCAGUUUCGCGGAGUGAGGAAGUCCCGGUCGCAGUCAUUGCGUCAGGUUAAGCAAUUGAUCAACGAUGACCCGCGGUCACUGCGAUACUCCCAGCUUCCGCCGCCCCCGUUGACCGAGCUCGAAUUUUGGGCGGCUCUCGUCUCGGAUUACCCACAGACGGCCCAGCGCUUGCCGACGUUGACCUCGAACAAGAUCCGCAGUGGGAUCCCACCUCCUUUGCGAGGGGUUGUAUGGCCUAGCUUGGCUGGAGCACGGGAUACGACAUUAUUAGCGGAGUACCAGCGACUUUGUGGCGAGACGAGUCCAUACGAAGGAUUGAUCGGGAAAGAUAUCGGCCGUAGCUUCCCCAAUGUCGAGAUGUUCCGCGAUCCGAACGGAGAGGGACAGCAAAUGCUCGCUCGAGUGCUGAAGUGCUUCAGUCUCUACGAUACGAAAAUCGGCUACUGCCAAGGCCUGGGGUUUGUGGUUGGUCCUUUGUUGAUGCACAUGACAGACGCCGAAGCGUUCUGCGUCCUUGUACGGCUCAUGGACCACUAUGACAUGCGCACAUGCUACCUUCCAGAUCUCUCCGGGCUCCAUCUCCGUGUGUACCAGUUCCAAAAUCUUCUCGCCCGUCUUCGUCCGGCUUUAUAUGCGCACCUGGAGUCACUUCACGUCGAGCCGAUCUACGUGUCGCAAUGGUUCCUAUCGUUCUUUGCGGUCGCGUGUCCAAUGCCCAUGCUUCUCCGGAUUUACGAUGUCAUCUUCCUCGAAGGCGCCUGUGAAACUUUAAUGCGAGUGGCGUUAUCGCUCAUGCAGCGCAAUGAGAAAAAGAUUAUGGCAUGCGCGGAAUUUGAAGAUGUCAUGCAGCUUUUGCUCUCGAGGAGUUUGUGGGAUACAUAUGCCUGCCACGCGGACGAUUUCGUCAACGAUUUUGUUUCGUUGACUUCGCUAGUCACCAAGGAGAGUCUCCAGACGUUGGAGGCCAGCUACAACCAGUCGCAAGGAGUGCCGACCGGCAUUUCGUUCCCACAGAUGCAAGCAGCGGCGUCUAGGUUUCUGGGCCGUUUCUGGGCGGGGUCAAGCUCUCACACGUCUGCCAAGCCGUUUACCCUCAACCCCAACCACGCGAGUUCCUCGGCCAGCAUUCGCCGCACCACUUCCAAACAAAGCAUGACUUCGACACUCAAUUCGAUUGAAUCCACGUCGGAUGCUAGCACUGCUCCGACGGAGGUGUCCAGCGAUGUGCCGAAACCGCGUGUCAAGUCUAUGAUGUCGCAGCACAAGGAUCGCGAUCUCCACACGCAGAUCGAAGAUCUGCUCAUGGCACUCAGCGACUUACAGCGACAGCACGCGGACCUCACUCGGGAACUACAACAAGAGCGCGAAGAGCGUGAAGCAGAUCAGGAACUGUCGAAAACGAUGCUGAGUUACAUGAAGGAGCUCGACAAUUCCCCGACCGAUUUGAUCACCAAGGCGGAAGGGCGAUUUGGCGCGACCGAAGCCCCUGCACGAGAAUCGAUCGGCCAAACCAAGCAGCAGCUUCUGGAAGACCUCAAUCGGUGGAAGGAAAUGCAUUCUGUGGAAUCCGGCCGGUGCCAUGAUUUAACGCGCCGGAUUGACGAACACGAGAAGGAGAACACCUCACUGCGCGAGCAGGUACGCGAAGCGCGGGGUCGCAUUCAGGAUGGAUAUCGGGAACGGCAACGGCUCGAACGCAUGUUGCGCGAAUUGCGCACGGCGCGAAACCCCCGAAGUAGUACCGAGACAUCAACGGAUUACGGCUCGCCAGUCAGCGAACCGGGAGAGGGUAUCCCAGGCGGCCUGCGGGAGUUGAGACUGGUCCGCACUAAUUCGCAGAAGAGCACGUUCACGAAGAGGACUAGCAGUCUCGGCUUGCAGAAUUUCCUGUCGACGGAAAACAACAAACCGGCUGCCGACGAAGCCUUGCUGCUCGAAUUGGUUAAUGCGAAGACGGCGGAGGCGGUAGCCAAGCAGGAAUUGGAAGAGAUGAAAGUGAAGAUGGAUGGAAUGAGGAAGUUAAUAGCAGCGUCUCAACGAUCUCCGUCGCAGAACGGUGACCGCAAUUCCAUCGUUCGAUCACCUUCGUCCGCAGGAAGUCUCCAUAAGGCGUCUACGGAGCCCGCUACCGGCGGCGGCGGCUUCUUUGGAUGGGGACGUCGGGCGGCCUCUACCAGCAACGAACAGUAUGCAGAGAAAUAACUGCGGGGAAAUAGGUGCAUAUAUAUAUGGUUGUGUUUGUUUGUACAUUGUCAGGUUGACCUUGCAUGGCGGAGUUGGUGUGGUUGGUGUUCAUGUGUUGGUCUCUUUUGGAAGCAUAUAUCCCAAGUACAAUAGGCUGUAUUCUGGUGUACAUACAUUGAUAUCCGAGGGGCUUGGUGCAUAUUGGAUUGACUUGUAUACCCUCACCUAUGUCGGUUACGCCGAGGUUUAUAAGGACCAUUGAAGAGAAAAGCCGCAGCUUCAGCAUAAAACCGAGAAACAUCCGGGCAGGUUAGGGCUCAGUUACUUCCGACGACACUUCUCCUCUCUCUAACUUAGAU